AUGAACCAAAUAAUGAACCAGUUAAUGCUUAUUUUGGAUUUUAUAAUUAUUAUAUAACUGUUCUUAAAUGCUAAUCUUAUUGUUUAUAAUGCUUAAAUGCAUGCACAUAAUGGAGUAGCAACUAUGAUGCAAAUGUUGGAAAAUUCUCAUAAGAAGUGA